AAUCUUUAAAAAGAUUAUUUAUGCUGAAUUGUUGUUGUUUCUUUUUUCCCAUGCAUGGACAUGCAAAAAUUAGGAUGGAGGAUUUUCCAGGCUUGAGAUUUUGUCCCACUGACGAAGAGCUGGUGGGUCAUUAUCUCCUUCGAAGGAUCACCGGUGAAUUGACUGCAUGGCAAUAUGGAGUCAUUAGGGAGUGUGAUUUGUAUAGCACAGAAGAGCCCUGGGAGCUAUGGCAAAGAUACAAGUUGAAUGUCAGUGAGGAUGUUUUCUUCUUCACAAAGCUAAACAAGAAAAAUACUGGCAGUUCAAGAAUUAAUCGCAAGAUCGGUGCUGGUGGGGGUACUUGGCAUGGCGAGUCAGGAUCAGUCAUCCAUGUUAGUGGUUUGACGGCUUAUAAGAAACGGUUCAGUUACAGAAAUCCAUCAAAAUUGGACCAAGAUCGUUGUUGGAACUUGAUUGAGUACAGUAUGGAUCUUGAGGUGUCAAACACUAGUGACUAUCAUGUGCUUUGUCAACUGAAGAUGAGUAACAGAAAUAGAUUCAACUCUAAGAAGAGGAAGUAUGGCCUUCAUGAUGAAGCUACUCAUGGCUUUCUGCCAAACAAGCGCUCAGAGAUUGAGUCAAACAAAUUUCAAGAAAGCCAACCAGUCCCAAUACUGCAAAGGGUAAUGGAGUUUGGAGCUCAAAAGUUAUUGAUGACAGUUUCUUGACCAAGGAUGAUAUGCCUUCUCAUUUUGAUUUUCAGAGUUUUGAUCCAGCAGCUGUACACCAACCAUCAAAUGACGUUCAAGAAAAUCUUUCAGUUGUGAUAUCGCCCUCAACAAUUGAGGUUGAGAGUUCAAGUAGCUUGAUGGGUAUUGAAGAUGAUCCUGCAUUUGACCUUCAUAGUGUCACCAACAACACAAGUUUGGAACAACUUGUGCAACCGUUAUCCUAUGUUGGAACAACAGUAAGUCCGAUUAAUAUGGAAGACACGUCUCCAAAACAGUUGCAGGAUGCAUGCUAUGAUGAGAGCCUUUGGCUCGAGCAUUUUACUUCAAAGAUGAAAGAUGAUUUACCAGAAAUUAAUCAAGAUCAGAAUGAUUGGCAGAUUAUAAAUUGAUGAUACAAUGGAGCGGAUGGUGAAUUUCUAAAGAAUUCACAAAGUUAGAAACCUACAAGAGCAACAAUGAAAUGUAACUGAACUACGGGGG